AUGGAUGCCGUGGCUACCACAAGCCAAGUUCCAGGCAUGGAACCACAUUUACUAUUACAAGGCCAGCCAACGGCGAAUGAAGAUUCCAAUAACGAUAUCCCAAUGAAGAAACAAUGCUUGCAACUCCCUCAAGAAAAUAUGGAUGCAAGAACGUCAACCUACUCGAUUAAUGAGGAAAACAAUGACAUUCACGACGGGACUGAUUUCACCCAAGUCACCGUGCGAAAAAACCGCCCAGCUGGUAUCCCCUUGAUCAUCAAGCCAAAGCAACACGGGGCUUCUUUCUGGAAAAUCAAUCCAAACAAGAUUGCAAAAGAAAUUGUAGCAGUAUCGCAAGAGAAGGUACUCGCCCCACGCAUAAGAAAGGAUGGCACUAUCACCGUCAAUGCGGCAUCACUAAACGCGACAAAUAGACUACUUGCGAUGAAAUCCCUAGUCGGAAUAGACGUGUCGGUGACCGUCUCCGAGUCGUACACCCGUAAUGUUGGCAAGAUCAACAAUAUCCCAGUCCAAUAUUCAGACUUUGAACUUCUCGACUACUUAAAAGAUGCUGGUGUCAUCGCGGUCCAGCGGCAAAUUUCGUACUCAAGGAAAGAAGACGGCUCCAUGGAGCAAGAGCCAACGGAAAGUGUCCUGCUUCAGUUCCCGCAGGAUCAGCCGAUGCCCUCCCGGGUUUUCCUGGGAUUCACAAAGUCUCGCCUUACCUACAUGCUAGCAAGAAGCUUAAGAGUAUGCCUAGGUUUACCGCGAUCAACAUCCAGCGCGCUUGUACUCGUAACGGCAAGAGAGCCGACUAUACAUAUUCUAAGAACACAGGAGAUAUGUCGUAAUUUCUUUCGACUCUCCACGCGGCCUCUGUUCAAUGAUAUUUUUACUCGCAAAGGGACCAACUUUCUUUCCACACUGAAUUCUCUUCCAUUAUGGAUUCCCGAACAACCUAACUGGAUUCAAGAGAUCUGUAAACCACCCUGGACGCUACCAUUACUGGAGAUCAACAUGGACAUUCCAGGCAUGCAAACAAAAACAUCAGUUAACACACAGAUUGCAAGAACAUUGACUCUUUCACAUCUGGAAGAAAAAUAUAAAGAUGACAUCCACGUGUAUACUGAUGGAUCAACCACUGAAGACGGAUCGACAUCAGCCUUUGUUGUGCCUGAUUUUAACCAUUGGUCAUCCUUUCGACUAUCGCAUCCUACUUCCUCAACCACUGCGGAAUUACAUGCUUUACUCGCGGCUGCAACGUACAUAAAAAGCAACUCGGUAGCGAAUUCUUGGGUCAUAUGUACUGAUUCAAAGGCAGCUUUGCAAUCUAUUAAGACUAUGAAUAGCCGUAGUGAACACAACUCCCUUGUACACAGAAUUUACUUAGAACUCUCUGAUGCCAUCGAAUUUGGCAACACUGUACAUCUACAGUGGGUCCCCGGGCAUACCGGAGUUUCAGGAAAUCACCAAGCUGACCAAUUGGCUACCGCAGCCCAUACAAGUAACAACGUCCACCUCACACCUUUCACAAAGAGCGACGCCAAAAGAUACAUCCGUCGACUACGUGAGCGAAUGUCUCACGAUGAAUGGCUUAGCAGCAUCCCACAAGACAGCCUGAUCCGUCUAAUCGAUCCGGACCUCCGUUGCCCAGUGUACACCUAUUCAGCCAGGUCAAUCGACACCCUUAUCCAUCGCCUACGACUUGAGGUAGCAUACACGGGAAGCUUCCUUCACCGGAUAAAACAAGUAGAAACACCGAGUUGCAAGUGCGACAACCCGGUCGAAGACGUCGAACAUUUAAUCAUGGACUGUCCGAGAUAUGAUCAGUGGCGCGCCCGCUUACGGAUUAGUCUCGGGAUACUCGACAAUCGUCCAUUUUCUCUCGCCAAAGUUCUAGGCCCUUGGCCCGACUUAAAGAAAAAAAAGCGUGCAUUAGCCUCACUAACUGCAUUUCUGAAGGACUCAAAGAUAGAAGCCAAAUAUUAAGUUCAAUGAUUACGAGUUACUGGUAUAGCAGGAUUUAACUGCACAUAUUUUGUACCACUGUAUAAUACUGUACAUAUCGUACUUCUCAAAGUGCACUUGCUUGUGAUAUUAACGCAGCACGUUCAUAGUUUACUUUGUUAUUCAUUAUGCCCAGAUUUCAUAAUUAUUGAACAUAUCAUAUCAUACUUUACCCCAUUACUAGCAUUGAAGUAGCCGGCCCCA